AUGACUCCUCAAGCGCUGAACAAGUUUCUCAGCGAGUUCUUUAUAACUGUUCGCAAAAAAGAAGACUAGGAAUACGAGCUUAGUUCCCUAAUGGCAUUCCUCGCCAGCUAUAAGCGCCUUUCGAAGAAAAAUAAACUAUGGACUUUGCCUUAUGAAAGACGUCCAGUUUGAGCAAACUCGGAAAGCACUUCAGUCAAAGCAAAGGGAUCUAAAACAGAAAGGCAUGGGCACCAAGCCCAAUGCUUCUGCUGUUUUAAGUGAGGAAGAUAUUCGAGUUCUGUUUGAAAAGGAUCUCUUGGAAAGUUCCACGGCAGAAGCGCUUUUAAACAGGGUGUGGUUCAACGACACAAUCCAUUUCGGGUUACGAGGUUGCAAGGAGACCAGAGAAAUGUGCUGGGGAGACGUAAAACUUUGUCAAAACUUCCACAGGGUAGGAGUACCUCGAAUUCAAUGA